GCUGGUAACGCUAUCUCGGCUUGGCUGUAGAGCAACACCUGGUCAGUGCCAUCGUCGGGUCAGUGGCUGAAGCAUACAUUGUAUUCAGCAGGCUAUACCCUUCUUGAGAAACCGCAUGUCGUCGUCUAUCUCCCUAUCUAUCACAAUGCAGGUACUGUCGAAGCUUAUAAAAGCUCCCCAGCGAAGCGAGGACCUCGUCAAAUCGAACAACCCCAGUCUCUGAUCUCCGGUAUUCACAAUACCAUAUUACCGACUAUACCUUCGUACUAGCGAGAUUUGCCGUCCAUGACCACGAGGGCUGCGGACCUUGUUGGUGUCGUUAUAUCUUUCCUCAUUCUCGCCUUGGGAACCGUGGCGUUGCGAUGCUACGUGCGUCUACGGAUCAAGAGGAGCUUUGGGUUGGACGAUGGUCUGGCGGUUGGAGCAUUGAUUUUCUUCGUCAUAGCGGCAUGUGCCUUACUUGAAGGGGUUCGAAUUGGCAGUUUCGGGUACUCCUGGACGGAAUUAACGCCAGAGGUCCUCCUCAAAGGCUUGAAGCUUCUAUUUCUCUAUGAGUCAUCCUAUGUGGUCGCAACCACCUUGGUCAAAUUCGCCGUGGGUGUCUUUCUCCUACGAUUUUGUAUCGAACGCUACCAUAAAUGGAUCAUCUAUGCCAUUCUCAUCCUACUCAGCUGCCUCACCAUUUUCAUCUUUAUCUUCGUCCUCAUCCAAUGCCGGCCACCAUCAUGGUUCUGGAACCAAGCGAUCACCCCACAUGGCAGCUGCGAUGGGAGAGGCUUCAUCAAAGCGGCCUAUGUGCAUUCCGCCAUUACAGCCUUUAGCGAUGCGACCCUUGGGCUCCUGCCGAUCCUGAUUGUCCGAAGUCUGCAUUUACCCUGCUACAUCAAGGUUCACGUUGCUGUGAUUCUGGCACUUGGUUCACUUGCCUGUUUUGCAACGAUUGCGAGGAUGUGUUUUGUUCACCAGCUCACCGACCCGAAAAAUCUAUUUUACUAUACGGGUGUGAUAUGUUGGUCUUACGUUGAAGUGGGCGUUGCACUCAUUACCUCGUCUGCGGCAACACUCCGGCCCCUUGUGGACCAAGUAGAAUGCUGCGUUCCCCGGUGGCGACGCUUGAAGUCCAAUCAGUACACCUCGAAUGGCUCGAACCAUCAUGUCACAUCCUCAACCACCUUCGAGGAGGCGCUUCAACAGGAUAAUCCAGGGAUGAGUCUUGCCCCUAUUACCCCGUUACCCCAAGUAUAGGUGAAAUACCGAAGAAAUUCAAAUAGAUUUUCUCGUUUUUA